ACCCUCUCCUGAGCUCCUGAGCAGAACGAAGCUAGAAUAAUCACGCCGACGUGUGAUGAGUGCGCAGCUGCAGGUAUCGCAUAGCAUUUAGACAGAGAUGUCUGUCACGCUGUACACAACCCAUGGCAACAUAAAGCUAGAGCUUUUCUGUCAGGCGUGCGAGAAGACGACAUAUAACUUCCUAGCCUUAUGUGCAAGCGGCGCCUAUGAUGGCUCUCCAUUCCAUCGACUGGUGAAGGAUUUCAUCAUUCAAGGAGGAUCGCCAGCAAAAGGUAGCACAAAGGAGUCGACGUCAAUAUGGGGCGAGAAUUUCGAAGAUGAGAUCAAACCGAGCCUGCGACAUCACCAACGAGGCAUGCUCUCGAUGGCCAACAAGGGACCUGGUACGAAUGGAAGCCAGUUCUUCCUCACGCUUUCAGCAGCCGCACAUCUCGAUGGAAAGAACACCGUUUUUGGACGCGUGCUGGAGGGCUGGGACGUUUUGGACAAGAUUGAAGAGAUACCGGUGGAUAAGAAGAGCAGGCCGCAGGAAGCCAUCAAGAUACAGAGGGUGCAGAUACACGCCAAUCCCCUGGCAGACCAACAGCGAUGAAGAAGGAAUGGCAAAUGGCGAUAUUCGAUGUUGACGGACCCACAGCCGAUGCAUAUAAAUCACCGAUAAAUGGUGAGUUAGAGAACAGCUCGCCAAGCUCGUGUCACCGAACCACGAUGGGACAUUCGGGUCUGUGACGGAGAUACAAUCCUGCCGCCGUGCUGGCAGAGAUUGAGAGCGUACAUGGCGGCUGCUCAACACGGUCCACAAAUGCAAGGGUCAGCAGCGUGGCAGGGACGACCGCAAGCAAGCCCGAGAACUUGACUUUGGAAUAUUAACUCGGGAGCAUAUACUACCCACUGGCUGUUCAAAGGCGUGGCAAACAAAUAAGGUAGGAAUUGUAUGCAUUGAGCAUGAAGUG